AUGGUCCCAGGAUUGCCCCUGCUCCUGCUGAUUCAUCCCGCAGUCAUCCCUUCCCCCUCCCCAGAACAGUCACCUUUCGAGUCACCUCAUCCGGUGAAUGGCGCCCCCGUGGAUGGGUGGGAGCUCCCAGAUCUGAGGGUCCCAGAACCCUGGGAGUCCACAUAUCCGGGUGCCACCCUCGGACCCGUCGGGGGUCCUGCUGCCGCCCGGAGGCCCCGCACACCCACCUCUCCGUCUGGUCCGCCCGUCCCGCGCGGGCUCAGGUUAGGUCGUUCGGAAUCCAACAGAUGGACGACUAGGAGCGGUCAGGCGGAAGGCGCCGCGACUGGGAUCCCAGGCCCGCUCAGCAACCGUCCCCGGGAUUCUGCUAGCACCGCCUGUCCAGCCGCGCCAGCAGCCCCGAGGACCCCGCCCCGAGCCCCCGCGCCAGCCAAUUCCGGGGAGGGUCCCGCCCACACUCCUGCCCUAUUGGGGAAAUUCAAUUUUGACUACCACGCCCCUAGUGGAGGCCCCGCCCUUCGCGGGCCCUGGAAGUACAGGAUUGCAGUCUUGGGGCCACUGCUCUUGCAACCUUGGCUGGUCGAGUGGGCGUCGCCAGGAGGACGCAACUUUGCGCCAAAGUCGGGGAGGGCGCGCGAAGCCGGGAUAAGGAAAAUGGAGCCUCCGAGAAGAUGUUGCGGCCAGCCCAGGCACACAGCCAUCAGUGGUCGAGCAGGAUUUGAAUCCACGUCUUCCUGACUCUGAGGCCAGGCUCUGACCCCCUGUGUUACAGUUACCCCAUUGUGGGGCCUCUUUGCCAGACCCCAGCUGCCGGCCUGACUCAGCAUCUGUGGGUGGCCUCGCUCCAGUGCGUGGGCAGCAGAGCCAGUGAGAAGCCUCCCAGUUCCUUGAAAACCAAAUAUGGCCAGACCAGGCCCUCGGAGGUCCGACCCCCAGGCUAGGCCUGCUCCUGCCUGCUCCUCUGUGCUGUGGGGCCCUGCUCGCUGUGCAGCCUCCUGGCUCUGCCCCAGAGGACUCUGGGAGAGCCCCCGUCCAGAUCCCCCUCUUCAUAGGAUCUUGUUGAGCAAGUUACUGAAGGAGAACACGCGAGACCAGUGUCUCUUCUGUGCUGUGGUGAUUCCCAGCUCCAAGCCUUUGCUCACACAGUCUUCUCCGCCCGGACUUCCUCUCCCUCUCUAGCCAGCUCUUAUGCAUUCUUUGGUGCCCAGUGUGAGUUGUCAGGAUGUGUGUGACCUUGAGUAAAUCUCUCAUCCUCUCCA